AUGAGUACUCUCACCAGAGGCCAUUCAUGUGUGCUGUGUCAGCAGCGCAAAGUCCGUUGUGAUCAGCAGAAGCCCUGUGCCAACUGUGUCAAGGCACAAGUUGAGUGCCGGGUUUUGCCUCCGUCGCUUCCUAAGAGGAGAAAGAAGAAGUUGCAUGAGCGAGAUCUGAUUGACCGGCUUAAGAAGUAUGAGACUCUUAUGUCUCAGCAUGGAAUUGACUUCGACUCGGUCCUGGCAGGCGGGGACACUGUCGCCAGUCUCGAGCAUGGCCGCAGUGGAUCGGGAACUGCUGCAGAAGGUAGUGCACAGAAUCAUAAAUCACAAGAGCAUGGCAAACGCUCGAAAUGGUUUCCAUUUUACCAUGAGUACUGCGCAACCGAUGAUAUGCUGCGCGAUACGUCCGACGAUGAGAACGAGCGGCCCACUAUCCAUCAUUCAUUCGAUACCAUGUUUGGUGAUACCGAUGGCUUCCCAUUCAAUGCCUGUGGCUCGCCGGCCGAGAUAACCGAUUUACACCCGCCGGGGAUCAAAAUAUUCCAAGCAUGGCAGGCUUAUAUCAACAAUGUAAACCCUCUCUUGAAGAUUAGUCACGUUCCAACCCUCCAGUCACAAGUGGUCGAAGCAGCAACCGACCCUGCUAAGAUUCCCAAACCGCUCGAAGCGUUGAUGUUUGGCAUCUAUCUCAUCACUGUGACUUCUCUGACAGAUGAAGAGGUGAAAGGCACCUUUGGUGAAGAAAAAGCGGUGCUCCUGUCCAGGUAUCAUCAAGGCGCACAGCAAGCCUUGAUAAACGCUGGCUUCAUGAGAUCAAAUGAGCUUAUGGUGUUGCAAGCGUACUUUCUGUACCUGUUUAGUGUAGUACAAUACGUCGAUCCUCGGUCUCUUUUCUGCCUGAUCGGCAUUGCAGUACGUAUAGCCACACGUCUCGGCUUACAUCGAGACGGCACUCAGCUCGGCUUGUCACCAUUCGAAACAGAGCAGCGGAAACGACUAUGGUGGCAGAUUGUCGCUUUUGACAAACGAAUUGCAGAGGUAACUGGAUCGACGAUUACGGCGCUCUCUUCCUCUGGAACCGACUCCGGGCUCCCCCUUAAUGUGAACGAUGCAGACCUACACCUCCACGCCAAAGAACCCCCAGUCCCCAGCACUAGCGCGACUGAGAUGCUCUUCUGUCUCAUACGCAUUGAACUCACAAUGGCAGCUGUUCCUAAUGGCAUGCGAUCCAAUCCUGCGGCUCUAAACAAUCUGUUCGCGCAACACCACGCAACCCCCUCGCCAGCCGACGCCACUAUUCAAGAAACGAACAGCCAGCCUCCGACAAGCGGUCUCGAUCGCUACUGUGCACACAUGGAGUCCACGUAUCUAGAACACUGCGAUCAUAGAAUCCCCGUUCAGUUCUUUGCUCUGAUGAUGGCGCGUGUGUCGCUUUGCAGACUUCGAAUUGUCAACUUUAUGUCUCGGGGCGUGUCCGCCACCACUCUCGAAGACCGGGAGCGCGACGCCCUCUUCAUUACUGCUACCCAAAUGCUUGAGUACGAUAAUGUUAUCCAUACGACCCCCAGUCUACGCAACUUUCUUUGGUACACUCAGCUACUAGUCCCCCUGCCAGGCUAUGUCUUCCUCGUCGGUGAGCUGCGCCAGCGCACUACGGGCGAGCCAUGUGAGCGUGCAUGGAAAGCCAUCUGCGGCAACUACAACCACAGGGGCCUAGUCCGCAAGCUGAGAAGUCCCAUGCAUGUUGCCUUCGGUCGCAUGCUCCUAAAGGCCUGGGACGCACAUGAGGAGGCCGACCUCCAACUUGGGAGGAAUGUGCAACCUCCACAGAUGGUUACAUUGCUGCGUGAACAUGUGGCCCAGCUAUCUUCAGCAUCGCAAUCAAAGCCAGAUGUGGCAGGCAAUGGUAGCACAGACUCUGUGAGGACCACAACCGGUGACUCCGUCACUGGAACCAGAAUGUGGGCUGGCGGCGAUAACCCUGUACUAAACAGAAUGAGCCGGCCAUCCGAGAUGGUUUCCAACGAAGAAUUGAUUCUCCCGUCUCUGCACAGCGCGAAUCAAAUGAAUGAUGAGGUUCUGCCCGACCAGAAUGACGCCGACUGGUCAUAUCUUAUGCAACCUGAUGUGCUGGGGGAGCUUUGCGGCAAUACUGGGCCAGCUUUUACGCACAGCGGUGGUUUUUAUUAUCCCUUUGGGCCAUGA